CUGUUUUGAAUCGUCCCGUGACUAGGGGAGAUGCGCAAACCUGCGGUCAACUGAGUUGGUCAGGCUGAUAAUCACCAUUCCACUGAUAACCGAGUGCGUUGGUUAUAAAUAUAGCACCGGGCUAGUUCGAUUGCCCUUAUUCGAGAAAAGCUAUUGUUCUCUGUCCCACUUUCCGGCCCAUCACAGUCUCUUCGAACCGCCGAACCAUUGCACAGGGAGGGAAGGAAUAAUGCCAGGUUCGAAUGCCCAGGUAGUUGAUAAACGGGAUUUCGAUGCGAAUCGUUCCCUACUUCGUGAUGAUACAGAUUCCGGUCCCGAUGGAGAAGAGGACACGAGAUCCCGAUUGUCACAGAGCAGCCGGGAAAGUAACGAUGGUCUGUUGAACGAUGUGGUCGAGGAGAUUGUCGAGCGGGAUAGACAGAAGAUUGCGAAAGAGGUGGUGCGGGUGGCUAGCUUUGCGUGGGGUGUGAUUAGUUGUCUUGGAGCUGGUAGUAUCACGGCGUUUUCUCUCUACGGUCCGUUACUCCUUACGCGUCUUCACUAUACUCAACUACGCGUUAAUGCCGUCUCAAUCGCCGCGGAGGUUUCCAUGUACCUCCCCGUGCCGCUGUUUGGUUAUCUCUGCGAUCGAUACUCGCCAUCACCGUUAUCCCUGUUCGCCGGUAUAGUCUUCUGCGCUGGCUACCUGCUGGCUGCAUUUACAUAUCAGAGUGGUCCUCCGCCAGAUGCAGGCGGGGAUGGCUGGCCUUUCUGGGUGAUGAUAGUGGCAUUUAUUGCCAUUGGGACAGCCACGAGCUGUCUAUAUCUUGCUGCUGUGACGACAUGCGCAAAGAACUUUGGCCGAGGUAAACACAAGGGUAUCAUGCUUGCUGUCCCGAUUGCAGGAUUUGGCCUUAGCGGCAUGUGGCAGAGUCAGGUGGGAACGUACCUUUUGUACGAACCGCGAGAAGAUGGAAGCCGGGGAGACGUCGAUGUCUUCCGGUACUUUUUGUUUUUGGCGCUAUUGCUACUCUGUAUUGGAGUCGUUGGCACGUUUGUUCUACGGAUCGUCGAUGACGAGGAGGAAAAAUAUAUCGACGGAACGGUCGAGGAGUUGGAGCGCAGUGGCAUCCUAGGGCAAGAGGGUGGAUUCUUCCAGUCGAGAGACGAAGUCCAGGCUUCGUAUGGCACGUUUGGCUCUACAGACGGCGCCGAUGAGGAGCGACAGUCGUUGACGACGUCGGACGAAGAACGAGAGGAAAGACGGCGCGAGAAGGCACGCGAGGAAGAGGAACGGAAGAAGAACUGGCUGUUGAAUUAUGAGACGAGGUUGUUCCUCAAGGAUCAAACGAUGUGGUGGCUUGCCUUGGGCUUCUUUUUGGUGACUGGUCCGGGAGAAGCCUACAUCAACAACCUGGGCACCAUCAUCCAAACAUUGACGCCACCAUCAUACCCUCCCAACGCCCCUCCUCCAGCAGGUCUACCAUCCACACACGUCACAACAGUAGCCCUGACCUCAACAAUCGCCCGCCUCCUAACCGGCUCCCUAACCGACUUCUUCGCCCCCAAAGCAACCCACCUCUUCCCAACCAACCCCGAAGACGGCGCCGCUCGACCCUCAACCCUCCCCGCCUCCCCUAAAGAAAACCGCCCCACCCUCUCCCGAAUGACCUUCCUCCUCCCCUCCGCCAUCCUCCUCGCCCUAGGCUACCUCCUCCUCGCCUCCCCACUCCCAAUCGCCCACCCAUCCCUCUCCCACAUAACAACCGCCCUCAUCGGCCUCGGCUACGGCAGCUCCUUCUCGCUCGUGCCUAUUAUCAUCUCCGUCGUCUGGGGUGUCGAGAACUUCGGCACGAACUGGGGCAUCGUGGCUAUGGUUCCUGCAGGCGGGGCGACGGUCUGGGGCGUUGUGUAUUCGGGUGCGUAUCAGGAUGCUAUUGACCGUAGUGGGAGUGAGGAUGGACAGUGUCAUGGGUGGAGGUGUUUUGGGUUCUGGGCUGUGGGGUGUACGGUUAGUGUUAGUGUUGCUGUUGUGGUUUGGGGUGUUGCGUGGAGAGUUUGGAGGAGGAGGGGGGUUUCUGUUUGA